GUUUUAUUUUUGGAGUAGUUGCUCUCCCCUGGGUAGGCAGGGUGAGCUCCUGUGUUGUCCCCUCUGACACUCCAGGCUGGGAUUUGCAGGGAGCAAGUCAGUUUCCCCCUAAAGCAGCACUCACACAGACGGAUCAAGGGUCGUCGUGAUCCAUCAUCGAGCCCUGGGGGUUGAAAUGGUGAUGGCGGUCAGUUUCAGCAAUGGACCCCAUCCUGACCUGGAUCCUUCCCAGUACCCUCCCCCACUGCUUCCAAAACCAGGCAAGGACAACGCCCGCCUGCAGAAACUCAUCAAGAAGUCAUCCAAGAAGAAGUCUUCCUCCUGUUCCCAAACCCCUAUCCCUUUCCGCUUGAAUCUCUCUCCAGUUAAUGAGAUCAGUGACUUAGAAUUUAGUGACACCUCAACGCCACCAAGAACACCAGACGUCCCGCUCUAUGGCAGUUCCCUCAACCUGAACUGCUACUCAGGCAGACCCUUCUACCAGCAGUCACCCACACACUUAUCAUGCCGACGUAACUCUCCUUUUCACGGACCUGAGGCUGCAUCUACACAGUCAUUGUCAAAUUUGGCUCCUGUGCCUGAGCGUCACAUCGCACCCUUGUACGCAUGUUCCUCGUUUCUGUUUGAUGAUGCCACCCCCAUCACUGAGCUGUCAAUUACAGAGCCCACAGCCAAAGCACCUGAGCCAGCCGCUGGUCAAACAAUCACACCAGGCCCGUAUGGACCGAGACCGGCUGGGGUCUGUCCAGCACCACCAAUCUUACAACAGCAAAUCCAAGCACCUGUUACAAGUUCUUUGAUUGCAACAGCUCCAACCCAAGCCUACACAGCUCCCCCUCAACCUCCACCUCAAAUACAAGGCCCCACCCCAAGUGCCUUACCCCAGCCCUUCACACAAGGCCCCUAUGGCUCGACUGAGGCUACCCCUUUCCCCAAAGCGCCACCUGGACAAAGUUCUGGUUCUUUACAAAGACAUUUGUCGACUUCAACUCUGACUCUUGGACCUAUUCUAACACCACCUGUUUCUAGUGCUUUCAAUCAGACGUCCAUACCAGGAUCCUAUGGACACAAAACGUCAAUCCCACUAUCCAAUCUACCACCAGGACAACAGCAAGCUCCAAUGCCCCCCUCAGCCCCUCAACCAAUACAAACAUUUGGAGGUGCUCAAUUUCCUAGUAUCGCAAACCAACAACUCUCUGCAGGCCCAUAUGGACACACUGUGACUACUCAAGCUCCUGGUUUCCCAAACCAACCAACACAAGGCCCAUAUGGACCCACUGUGACUACUCAAGUUCCUAGUUUCCCAAACCAACCAACACAAGGCUCAUAUGGACCCACUCUGACUACUCAAGUUCCUAUUUUCCCAAACCAACCAACACAAGGCCCAUAUGGACCCACUGUGACAACUCAAGUUCCUAGUUUUCCAAACCAACCAAUACAAGGUCCGUAUGGACCAACUGUGGGUAUGUCUCCACCAAGACCGUCUCAAGAACAAACUCUCCCUGUGCCGUUCCAAAGCUCUCCAGCCCCUCUUGGUCCUCCACAAAUUCCAGUCUUUUCCCAGACCUCAAGUCAACCGCAUGUGCCAGUCCUGGCAUCAGCAUCAGUCACACACCAUAAGCCAGAGUCUGAAAUGUAUUCACAGGGUUCUGCCCCUAACAUGGUUUCUGGAGAGUUAUCUGCCAUGAAAAAACACUUGAAAGUAUAUACAUCUAAAGCCACAUUUUAUGAGUUAUCUAAGCCUCCAUCUCUUCAAGACAUAACUGGACUUAACACAUCCUACAAUGGAGCAUCUCUUUCAACUAUACACAGGGAGAAAACGCCUACCUUUGAGGCGAAGAACAGUGUGACUUCUUCCUAUGAUCCUACUGGAAGAAAAACUCCUUCAGGGCGCCCAAAAACUCCUGCUUUUCAUGUCUCUAGGGCUAAAACUCCGGUUUUAGAAAUAUCUAAAGCCAACCCACUGCUCUUUGCUGCACCUCCUACCUUCUCCUCCACAAAGGAUGUCCACCAUGCAGUUAAAAAAGAGGUUCAGGGACCCAUAUCGUCUAUCAUCACCAGAAGCGAAGCAUCUGCUAUACCCCUUAAUACUCUGAAACCUUCUGUGCCACAGGAAAUAAACAAACCUCAAAUUCAAAUUCAAAAUGGCAUUGACUUAAACGAGCCUCAAAAAGAAGUUAGUCUAGCAGCUAAAGUUAUCGCUGAGGCCUUGUCAAUACCCAAGUUACCAUCAGACGUUUUUUUAAUGAGAACAAAACCGAUAGAGGCCUCUCAGCUAACUUCUACAGCAAGUGUGGAGACUGUGCCUACUAUGGCCACACAGGAGUAUCAGAUUCCCAGGGCUCAGACAUAUGAGGCAGUUGCCCCAACGACACCCUCAAAGGAAUUUACCAUACCAAGAUCUGUGAGCCAGGGCCUUCCAGUUCCUGCACCUCCCCCUCAGAGCUAUCAAAACCCCAUCACACCCUAUCAAACCCCUGUCACCCCAGUACACUGGUCACCAAGACCUCCAUCACGAUUACUUGGAAAUCAAAGACUGAAUGCAUCGACAAGUGAGCUACACAAACCUAGGGUGAAAUCAACCUAUUAUGGACUGACUCCUGUUGAAUAUGCUGCUUAUGGGGGAAUCAAGACUUAUUACGGUCCCUCUGCAAAUAAAACACAGUCGGGUGAUGCACCCAAAAGUUGUCUAGAUGAUCUGUCAUCUUCAAGAACAGUCAACUCAGCAACACACAAUAUCAAUUCCUCAGAUGCUAUGAAUAAACCUGAGGAAAAGUCACAGCAAUUUGAAGGAGUUACAAAAUUGCAAAGUGACACACAGACUGGAACUAAGCUGAGCACCUCCAUGAUCCAUCUGUCUGUGUCUCAGAACUCUUCAGGAGUGACAACAUCAUCUGAUAACACAGUGAAUCAGUUACAAACACCAGUAUCUGAUGAGAAAAUCCCUGAUACAUCUGUUUUAGCUAGACAAACUCAGGAAUCACCAACAGAAGGUAUGUCAAAACCAAAUGCACCAGUAUCAUCCCAACAAAAAGACAUAAGUCCCGGCAGACAGGCAAUUCUGGCAAGCUCAAAGGAGCUUAUUGAACAAACGACUGAAUCAGUUAUGGCAAAUGGGUGUACUGUGAGAGAAGAUCUGAAGCCAUCUUCGGUGAAAGACUCAAUAACACGGACGACUUCGGACCUAACCAAUGGACAAAGUAUGCCUAUUUACCCUUUGCCCAAAACAAACAUUAACAAUGAAAGUUCACAUGCUGCAGAAAAGCCAGUGAAACAAAUGGCACAAUCUUUGCCUAUUCAAGAAUCUACAUCUACACAGCAAGUUAUAGUCAGCAAACAGUCAAAUUCAAAUUCAACCUCACAACCGCUUCCAAACAAUUCUACGUUGUCAAAAGCCCAGUCAGAUAUAUCCACAGAGACCAAGAAAUUGAAAAACACCACUGAUACAAACUUGCAUGCAGCUACUACAAAGUCAAGUGUAGAGACCACAGUCUCUACAUCUAUUACAGGCACUGAAAUCUCUACAAUAGAGACAAACACUAAAACCACUUCAAGCACGAUCCAUUCAGAACCACCAAAAACACUCCCUGAAGUCAUCCCUUCUGCCAUCAAUUUGGCAACAGAUUUUAAUUCUUUGAUUAUCCCUAGUAGUGAUAGUCAGUCAUCAAAAAAGCUUACUGGUAGCAUUCAUUCUCCAUAUUUAUCAAAAGAUGAGACUGGACUUCCUAGCAUGGUCAAAACAGGAACUGAAACUCCAUCUUUAGUCACUAAAGCUGACACUUUAACAAAAUCAAUGACUUACGCCAGAGCACUAACAAAUCCUUUUAAUGAUCUUACAACAGCUGUAAAACAAUCAGCUAACUCUACAACAAACACAGGAACAACUCCAACAAUGCUCAGGAGAACUUCAUCAACCCCAACCAUAGAAAGGAGACCUACUUCAACUCCAACUGUGGACAAAAGAACCACUCCAAAUCCAACUAUAGACAGGAGAAUCACUUCAACUCCAAUCAUGGACAGGAGAGUCUCAUCAACUCCAACCAUGGACAGAAGAACCACAUCAACUCCAAUCAUGGGCAGGAUAACCACUUCAACUCCAACUAUAGACAGAAGAACCACAUCAACUCCUACUAUAGACAGAAGAACCACAUCAACUCCUACUAUGGACAGAAGAACAAUUUCAACUCCAAUUGUGGACAGGAGAACCUCUUCAACUCCAACUAUGGAGAGGAGAACCUCUUCAACUCCAACUAUGGACAGAAGAAUCUUAUCAACUCCAACCAUGGACAGGAGAACUUUAUUAACUCCUAUCAUGGACAGGAGAACCUCAUCAACUCCAACAAUGGACAGAAGAACCCCUUUAACUCCAAUCAUGGACAGGAGAAUCUCCACAACGCCAAUCAUGGACAGGAGAAAUUUAACUACUCCAACUAUGUCAACAACUCCAACUAUGGAGAGGAAAUCUUACACAGCACUGUCUACUGAAAAUAAGCUUUAUGCCAAAUCAACCAUGGACAUCAGGCAGUCCAUCAAAUCUGACAGUGAGAUUAGGUCCUCUGGCAUGCUUUUUGCAGAAAAUAAAUUAUCUGCAAAGUCCACCAUGGACAUUAGAGCCUCUGUGAUGACUGCUGACACUGAACAAGUGAUGAACACAAAACAAUAUCUUUCACCUAGAUUAGAACACAAAUCCAUACUUUCAACUGGUUCUUCCACAAAUUCUUCUGGAAAUGGUAAUGUCAGCCAUUCGUUAGAAAACAAACCAAAUCAGACCACAGAUGACAAUGCUACUUCCACCAGUAUGUCUGAUGUUAAAGUCACAGACAUAGUUGAAAAAAACUUCGAUCCAUCAACCAAGUUUUCUUUGAAGCUUACAAAAGACAACAAGCCCUUCGUACAAACAAGUACAAACCUUAUGCCACCUCACAAGAUCAAAAAUGUCCCAAGUAAUUCAACAAUAACUUCAUCAGACUCAAAGGCUACCAUGGACUCAAAGGUACUCACAGAAGUGAGUUCUGAUUCAAAACACCCAACCUCAAUAACGCAAAUUUCUACUAUAGAACAGGCUUCUGUCUCAACACCACAAUCACAUGCCCCCAUUAAAACAAUACAAACAGAGGCUCCAGAUUCUAGGAAGACACCUCUUCCAGCCACAGAUAGGCAAACACCUGCAUUCAAAACAGCCCAAUCCCAACCGACACUCCCCGAAAAUCAAACUAAAUCUCCAGUGACAAUACAGCCACAAGUUCUAACCACAGUCAUAACAAAACCUCCAGGCUCAACAGUGGAAACACAAGCUACAGUCACAACAAAUACACAACCCCAAUCACUUCCUCGAGCACAAUCUGAAGUUACAGCCACCACACCAAUAACGCAAACAGAAGCCUCUACAGAGACUACAGAAACACAACCUCCAGUUUCAGUUCCUGAGACCCAACCUAUAGUGAAAGUGUCACCAGCUGAUUGUGGUGAUACCACCAAGGAUAAGGUCUUAACUGCAACAACAAACCACAAACAGUCUGCCUCCUCAACUACACCUCCAUCAACACAGAAGAAGGUGGAUGAAGUAUCGAAAGCUGCCCCAAAGGCAGACACUAAGGCCAAAGCAUCACUGAAACCCAAAGGACUAAAAGCCAAGCUGAGUGGCUGGAAUAGACUGAAGAAGCACAUGGUGGUUGAACCCGAGGAGCCCCAGUUUCCUGAACUGGACUCAAAGACCAAGGAGCCAGAGGAUGACAAAAAGAAAGGGGGAGAGGGCAAAGCUGGAAGUACUGCAGGUGAUAAACCCACAGGACAGGAGAUUGCUAAGGAGGAGGCACCCCCCAGGGCUAUGAAGAUGUGGGAUGCAGUUCUCUUUCAGAUGUUCUCUACCAAAGAUAAAAUCUUGAAGCAAAUGAAUGGCAAAAAAACUGAAGAAGGCGACAAAAAACCCUCAAAAGAAAGCCAGGUUGAUAUCCCUUCCUUUGUGUAUCAUCUACCGGUCCUUCUUUAUAGUCCACGUUUUGAUGCUAGGAAGCUAAGGGAGGCUGCUGAAAAACCACUGAACAAAAUUGCUACGAUGUUUGAGAGGGGUCUAAUACAACGCAAAACUCAAGAAGAGGAACCCAAGGACUUUAACAGAACAGCGAGAGGAUUUGGUUCGUCAAAGUCCAAAACAACGAGCAAUGGGCCUGAGAGCGAUGUCUGAGAGCAAUGGGUUUUUCAGAUGUGUAUUUUUAAACCUUCUAAGUGUAUCCAACUCAGAUCAGUUUACUGAAAAGAGAAAAGACAAGCUAUCAUUUCAGGAAGGAUUUGCUAGCAGGCUUUUACAAACUUUUAGCUUUAGCUACACUGUACACAUGGUACAUGCUUGAGAAUGUCCAGUUAUUUUUUUACUAAUUGCUUUUAAGCAGAGCAUGGGUGUGGCAGAGUAUCUACCGGACAGGGCCCAGUGCUGUGGGUGUUUCUGUGUGAAAAUAGAGCUUGUACAUUCCUGGAUUGACAGUGCAGAAGGACAGAAUAAGACAGACAAGCACAGCUGUGUAAGGCAGUGACUUCAUAAGCACAGUGGGGGGGAGGCUGAAGGCUAGGCCUGGGGUGCUAUAUAUAUUUAAGGUAUGUAUAUUGAGUAUAACAGUAAAAUCUGUUGGUUUUUCAUUAAACAGUUUCCGGAGGUGCACAAUAAAAUAACUGGUUGCUGCAAAUUGGGCAAACUUUAAAAUGUACAGUAGUUGUCUAGGUAACCAUGUUUUGACCAGGGAUUUGGUGGAGAUGUUUUAGAUUUGGAAUGGAGUUGGGUCAUAGAAUGUGACAGAGGGUUUAUUGGAUAACUAGCUAAUGUAGUUUGACAUGAGCAAGUUAAGUGGAUCAGGGUCCUCUCAGGACCGUGUGCAUAGAUGGCAUGUUGUUAGAUGAUGAGAGAAAAUUCUUGGAUGCUCUGAGGGUACGGAAUGGUUUAGGUGUAUUUAGGGGAUGCCUUAAUGCAGGUGCCUUCUGUGGGAAUCUUUUCCAUGGCUUUGAAGACACUGUCUUACAAUGUUGUCCACUAGCAGUAUAGUAUAUUUUUGUUCGGGGGGAGGGUCAUUUUGAAUGUUCUAAGUUUUAUCUAUGGCUGUUUUUACUUGCAUGUUCAAUAUCUUAAGAAUAGUAAAAAAAAAUAAUGUGCAAAAGUUUUGUAUUUCAAUGAUUAUAUUUGCUUUUUGAUGGAUUGAUUAAAGCAAUUUCACAUACUUGACAACCA